AUGUCACCAACCGUUGGUUUGAUGUCCGCAGUAAACAGUAGGGAACUUACGGACGAUAAAAAAUCGAAUAUCACUUCUUUAGCUGUGGCUCAAGGCGCUAACCUCCUGAAUAGAGACACAGGUGGAUUCACUGGCCUUCCUCCUGGUGGCUUUGAUUCAUUUAUUUCAUCAAUAUCAGUUCGAUCACAAUGGAUUGCAUUUUGGAUUUUGUGGAUUAUUUGGGCUCUACUUUUACUGUUGAAUUGGAUCCAUAAAGAACUAGUUAAACGUGACAGGAUCGAACUAAGGUCGUCAACUGAUGAACGUACCGAACAAACCGAAACAGCCGCAAACACCUUUUUGGAAAGAUUAGGCAAUGGACCGAAACGCGCAUCAAGAAUUGCACAUGAUCUAUUAUUAGGCUUCUUAUCUGCACUGGUCAUGAAUACACUUGGUCGUGGAUCCGGUACAGCCGUGGAAACACUUUCAUGGAUUUACCUCGGCUUAUCUAUUAUCUGGUUGGGUACAGAAUUGGUAACCGAAAAUAAACUUGUUCGGUUGUCAAUAGGAUCUGUAUUGUUGGCAAUUUUGCUAACGAUCUUCAUUAUUUCAUACGCGGCUG